UGCCGAACGGUGGCGUUGUUCUGGCGAGCCGACGACGAGACCGUAGCUGUCUGGAAAUUUGUCUCGUGUCUGAAACGAAUUCCUUAUAUUGCCCAUUUUUGCCCGCUUGUCACCUUUAUCAUUUUAAAAUUUUAAAAACGCCACUGCUAGUUUCCUGAAAUUGACUGGACAUGGCUGCCGCUGAGGUGAACGGUAGUUCUGCCCCGGCAAAGGAGGAGGAAGAGCCGAUGGAUGUGACAGCAACUCAUACCGAGAACUUCCAGACGCUCAUCGAUGCUGGGCUUCCUCAGAAAGUGGCAGAAAGUUUAGAUAACAUCUUCCAGACAGGCUUGGUGGCCUAUGUGGAUCUGGAUGAGAGGGCCAUUGAUGCACUGAGGGAGUUUAAUGAGGAGGGAGCCCUUACUGUACUGCAGCAGUUCAAAGAGAGUGACCUGUCCCACGUACAGAAUAAAAGUGCUUUCCUUUGUGGUGUAAUGAAGACUUACAGACAGAGAGAAAAGCAAGGAAGUAAAGUGCAGGAGUCCACCAAGGGCCCAGAUGAGGCUAAAAUAAAGGCACUGUUGGAGAGGACAGGGUAUACCUUGGAUGUUACUACAGGGCAGAGGAAGUAUGGAGGCCCCCCACCUGAGGAGGUUUUCAAAGGCACACAGCCGGGGAUUGGAACUGAGGUGUUUGUUGGAAAAAUCCCCAGGGACUUGUAUGAGGAUGAGCUGGUACCACUAUUUGAGUCCGCUGGUCCCAUCUGGGACCUCAGGCUAAUGAUGGAUCCUCUCUCUGGUCAGAAUAGAGGUUAUGCCUUCAUCACAUACUGCAAUAAGGAUGAUGCACAAAAAGCUGUGAAGCUUUGUGAUAACCAUGAAAUCCGCCCUGGCAAGUACUUGGGAGUGUGUAUAUCUGUUGCAAACAAUCGCUUGUUUGUAGGAUCAAUCCCAAAGAACAAGACAAGAGAAAGUAUAUUGGAAGACUUUGGCAAAGUUACAGAGGGUCUUCAAGAGGUGAUACUGUACCACCAGCCAGAUGAUAAGAAGAAGAACCGUGGCUUCUGUUUUCUGGAGUAUGAAGACCACAAGUCGGCAGCACAGGCCCGCCGUCGACUAAUGAGUGGCAAAGUCAAAGUGUGGGGAAACCCAGUGACUGUGGAGUGGGCUGACCCUGUAGCUGAGCCAGACCCAGAGGUCAUGGCAAAGGUGAAGGUGCUCUUUGUCAGGAAGCUGGCCACAGCGGUGACUGAAGAGCUCCUUGAAAAGACCUUCUCUCAGUUUGGGAAGCUGGAGCGAGUGAAGAAACUGAAAGACUACGCUUUUGUUCAUUUUGAAGAAAGGGAUGCUGCUGUAAAGGCAAUGGAUGAGAUGAAUGGAAAGGAAUUGGGAGGAGAGGAAAUUGAGAUCGUCUUGGCAAAGCCCCCAGACAAGAAGAGGAAAGAGCGCCAAGCUGCUCGGCAGACCACCAGGAAUGCAGGGUAUGAUGACUACUACUACUACCCACCUCCACGUAUGCCACCACCAGGCCGAGGCAGGGGCCGUGGUGGCCGAGGGGGUUAUGCGUAUCCCCCAGAUUACUAUGGCUAUGAAGAUUACUACGAUGACUACUAUGGCUACGACUAUCAUGACUACCGUGGUGGCUAUGAAGACCCUUACUACGGGUAUGAAGAUGUGUACAGCAUGAGGGGCCGUGGUACCCGUCCUAGCAGGGGGGGGCCUCCUCCACCUAGGGCUCGUGGAGCACCACCAGCAAGAGGCCGGGGGGGUUACGCUCAAAGAGGGCCACCCCUCGGUGGUCCGAGGGGUGGCCGAGGAGGGCGUGGAGCCCCUUUCCAGCCACAGAGGGGCCGCGGUCCUCGUGGGGCCCGGGGCAAUCGUGGGGGCAACGUCGGCGGAAAGAGGAAGGCAGACGUGUUUAACCAGCCUGACUCCAAGCGCCGCCAGACCAACAACCAACAGAACUGGGGGUCCCAGCCCAUCGCCCAGCAGCCCCUGCAGCAAGGGGCCGACUAUUCCGGUGGAGAAGCAUUGAGAGCGGCACCACUAGAAUGAGGAACUCACCUGAACGGUACUCGAGGGUGAGCUAGCCUUGCACAGAGUACUGUCUCCUCUCCUGUAGCUCAUUGUAAUCACUGGAGAAACACUAGCCAUAAUUUUACAGUGUUCUUUUUGUGUUUCAUUACUAAUAUCCGUUACUACAAAUAAUUAUUUUAUUCGGUUGAAAUCUAACUUUUGCAGGCUUUGAAGAACCCAAGUCACUAAAGCUGACUGAAGAAUCAUUGUUAAAAUGCGAAUUAUUUGUUGCACCCAGAUAAUUCAAGGGAUUUAGAAAAAAUAUGUGCAUAUAAUUUCUUCAUAAAGCAUACAUUUCCCAUAAAUGUCUGUGUAGACUGGAUUUAUCCAGCCAGAAGGCAGACGGUCAUCAAUUGGAUAAGCAUAUAAACCCCAAAACCCAGUAAACACCUGUCGCCUUGUUUCGGCCCUAGUGCUAUGCAACCACCUUAGCUCAGCUUACAUUCUGUGAAUGGAGCAGGGCGGAGGAUAUUUCCAUUCCUACACCACUAGAGGUAGCAGUUCCACUGCAGCACGUCUAGAUGAUCCCAUUGUUCCUUUGCCCGACGCUCCAUCUUUGAGUCCUUUUCAGAGUGACAGCGGUGUUCAAUCAUAGAUAGAUAAUACCUAUACACACUGAUUUUCAAAUGUAUGCAGGCUGCAGUGGGAAUGAUAGAUUAAAUGUUGAUAAAACAGGCUAAUGGUGGAACAAUGGACGUGCCUUAAACUGAUGGCUUUACUCAUUAAUGCCACAAGAUGGCAGUAGGUGGCCUGCACAGUUACUAAACAGGUAAGAUGUGAUGCAGGGAGUGUGCCAGUAAACUAUUAGGUGACACUCAUACAUUAUUAUUUAGAAUUUUUUUCACUUCUAGUGCUGGAAUGUCCUUAAACGGCUUCUCAUGUCAGAACUGUGUCUUUAUAUGUUGCCUCUUGUCACCAGGCAGUAA